AUGGAAGUACAAAAAUCCCGUCAAUGGAUCCUACAAAACAAACCUCAAGGUCUUCCUAUCCUUGACAGGGGACACAAUGGGACCUUUGCACUUGUCACCGCAACUUUACCCCAACUUGGCGAGAACCAAGUCCUCGUGAAACCCGUUUACCUCUCCAACGACCCAGCCCAGCAAGUUUGGAUGUCAAUGUCAACAGCAGACUGCCACCCGGAAAGAGCAUACGCACCUCCCAUCGAAGUAGGGGAUCCAAUUGCUGCUUUUGCAAUUGCGGAGGUUGUCGAGUCACAAUGUGCGAGAUUGUCGCCUGGGAUUCUCGUCUACGGCAGGGUCAGCUGGAGUGAUCUGGCUAUUAUAGACGAGAAGGAUUGUUUUUUCACUCUCGAGAGUCCGACAGAAAAAGGACUUAGUAUCACACAGCGCAUGGGCUCUCUCGGUCUGUCCGGAUUGACUGCUUAUUAUGGCUUGUAUGACAUUGUCAACGCAACAGCAAAUGACUCGAUUGUGAUCAGCGGUGCAGCCGGUGCAGUCGGGAUAAUGGCAGUCCAGAUCGCAAAAAGAAUCAUUGGAUGCAAAUAUGUUAUUGGUAUAGCUGGAACAGACGAGAAAUGCCGCUUUGUGGAAAAGCUCGGCGCAGAUGUAUGCCUAAACUAUCGCAGUUCCUCGUUUGAAGCAGAUCUUCAAGAAGCGACUAAAGACUGUGUUGAUGUAUACUUUGAUAAUGUUGGUGGCCGGAUUCUCGACAUGAUGCUCAAACGCCUCAAGGCUCAGGGCCGUGUGGCCGCUUGUGGAGCAAUUGCCAAUUACAGUAACGAUGACAGUCAACUCGGACUUGCAAAUUAUGUGGACGUUGUGACAAUGCGCCUAAAGAUACUAGGGUUUAACGUAGCAGAUUAUAUACACAAGUCAGCAGAGGUGUCUGAAAUCUUGCUACAGGCUUGGAAAGAAGGCAAGAUUGUGUUGGGUGCUGAGACUGAGACGGUCUUUGAAUCGAGGCUCGAAGAGGUUCCGCAUACUUGGCUGGAGAUUUUCAAGGGAGGGAAUAAGGGCAAGAUGAUUACAAAAGUUAUCUAA